AAAAACCACCCGCAGUCUACUACCCAGCGCGCAAGCGCAGUGGGCCGAGGAACCGGCGGUGUGAAGUUUCACACCUAGAAAGAUGGAGGGUGAAUGAGGCCUACCUGGUUUAAGAGCCCUACUGGGAGAGUAUGGCUCAUGUGGAUGAAGCAGCCCGCAGGUUGUCCCAAACUGGGACAAGUCUCUAUGCAGUGCUGGAGCUUAAGAAGGGUGCCUCACCUGAAGAGAUCAAAAAGGCCUACAGCCAUUCCCCAUCUCCUCCCUACCCUUCUUUUGGGUAUUGCCUGGGUAGGAGACUGGCCUUGCAGUAUCAUCCAGACAAGAAUCCAGGGAACCCUCAAGCAGCAGAAGUCUUCAAAGAGAUCAACACAGCCCAUGCUAUACUGAGCGACCCUAAGAAGCGGAAAAUCUAUGACAAGCAUGGCUCAUUGGGAAUAUACCUGUAUGAUCACUAUGGGGAAGAAGGAGUCACAUACUAUUUUACACUGAAUAGUUGUUGGUUCAAGACACUUGUCCUCCUCUGUGCACUGCUCACUUGUUGUUGUUGCUGCUGCUGCUGCUGUUUUUGCUGUGGAGCCCUACAACCACCUUCUGAGGAGACGAGUAAGAGGAAAUAUCAACAGAAUGUCCGUACUCAGCCUAGGAGAGCAGGAGCAAGAAAUAGCUCUUCAGAUGAUGACGAUAGUGAUGAUUAAUAAAAUAUGAAGAAGAUUGAGGUGCUGGCCCAAUUGAGGGUGCCCUCUGCUACCCAGUCCACUGGACAUUGAAGAGAGGAGCAAGUAGCCCUGUCCUGAUGUUGACCCCAAUUUGACUCCUCUUAUAAGAACCUCUACAUUAAAAGCAUUGAUAAUGUCCAUCCCAGUAAGAACACCAUCGCUGCCCUCUAUGGUACCACUAACUCUGGCCAUAUGGGGUCUCUCAGCUACUCUUCAUUUUAGCCCCAGUCCUACUUUUAAUCUGUGAGAGAGCAGCCCUCCCUUCCCUACCUGUAUGAGGUCUCAGGCAGUGAUGGCAGAAUUUUCCUGAGGAUUCUUUUCCCCGGUGUCUGCCUUGGCAUUUAAGCCAAUGUCAGGCAGGACCCUGAACCACUUGCAGCAUCUCCACCAAGAUUCUGAUAGUAGAGCAUGGUGGGUUCUAUUCCUGGAGCUGCUGCACCAGUUAAUCCUCCUUUGCUGCAUCUCGUAGCAUCAAUCAGCCUCAUUUCUAAGCCAAUACAUUUCUCUGAGGCUGGUGCCCAUACCAUGGGUGUUGCAGCCUCAUCUCUGCCACCAAAAGUCAACUUGGGAAACACAUGGGUGCAUUUGAGACUUACGGGUAGCCAUCCCAUCACGGAUUCUCCUUGACAUCACUUACCAGCACAGCAGCCAUUGUUAGCCCUGGUUCAUGGGGUUGACUGCAGUCCCCAUGACAGUGCCUGCUUGCCUCUGUCCUUCACCAAAUCUUGUGCAUCUUAUACAUUUUGUUCUUAAAUCAGGGACUGAAACAUGAUGGGAAAAGCUUGUGCUUUACAAUUGUUCCUUCCCCACUCUUGCCUCUUUGGCAUCCUCUCCACAUCAUUUAUUUCUCAUCCAUGCAGGGUCAGGGGCGAGGCACUUCUCUUCUCUCCCUUACUGGGGAAUAUCAGUAAGGGAAUAUUAGUAAAUAAAAGAACUUUUGUGCAAUCCCA